UCGUAUGGAGAUGAUCGUCAGUUUCGCCAUUUUGGCUAUUGCCUCUGCUAGCUACAGUGGUUUCAACUACGGUAGCCAGGGGAACUACGGUAGCUCAGGAAAAGCCUAUGAUGGUCAGAGCAACUAUGGUAGCUCAGGAAACGCCUAUGGUGGUCAGAGCAACUACGGCAGCAACUAUGGAAAUAACCAGUACAAGAAUGUAGGCAACAACGACCAGUACAGAGAUGGUCUUUACUACGAUCCAGGCACCAGCUACGUCCAGGCUUAUGGGGGAUCAAACAGCUACCAAUCUGGAAAUGACUACAACAACAACAACAACUACGACAACAACAACUACAAAUCACCAAGCUACAAUGUCCCAAGCUACCCCAAACAAUCCUCUUAUGGUGCAAAAUAUGCCACCUACAACAAACCAUCCUACACUGCCCCAGCCUCAACAAGCUACGGAAGUGGAUCCUCCUACACUGCCCCAGCCUCAACCAGCUACGGAAGUGGAUCAUCCUACACUGCCCCAGCCUCAACCAGCUACGGAAGUGGAUCCUCCUACACUGCCCCAGCCUCAAACAGCUACGGAAGUGGAUCAUCCUACACUGCCCCAGCCUCAACCAGCUACGGAAGUGGAUCCUCCUACACUGCUCCAGCCUCAACCAGCUACGGAAGUGGAUCCUCCUACACUGCCCCAGCCUCAACCAGCUACGGAAGUGGAUCCCCCUACACUGCUCCAGCCUCAACCAGCUACGGAAGUGGAUCAUCAUACUCUGGCUCUGGCUCUAACUACGGAAGUGGAAGCUCUUACUCCAACAGCGACGACUCCAGUGUUGGAACAUGUAAGUUUAUUUAUAAACUGGUUCUAAUUUCCGAUAAAAACUAUAUUAUAAAUAAGUAGACUAAUGACAAUGUCAUUUUUUUAAACUUUAAUUACCGACGUAAUCAAGUCUACUUCAUUACUAUAAUAAUUACAUUUUGAUAGGGGAAACAAAUGUAAUCAAUAAAAAUAUCUCCAAUGUUAACAUUAUUACCUUGGCUUCCCUAUUCCCCAGACCCAUGUGGACCUAAAUACGAAGGCAAGACCUACGCCAUUGUUGGACUGUGUUACGGAUAUUACGAGUGCUACUAUGGCGAGUCUCUCUACCGUCAAUGUAACAACUACUACAGUUUCGAUGCUUACUCUGGCAAAUGUGUUGCUGACAACACUUGCGCUUACGGUAAACAUAUCAAUUUUUUAAAUGUUGCAUUAUUUUAUUUUUACCAGUAAAGUGUCGAUUUAAAAAUAAUCACAUCUGUUUUAAUUUAAUUUUCAAUGCUUGUAGGUAUUCACUAAUUCACAGAUUGGAAUAGUUGUCUUUAAAUAUAACUUCAAUGCUAUAUUUCACUAUAUCAUUAACUGCCUAUCUCACUGUCUCACUGUCUACCUAUCUCACUGUUCCACUAUCUGCCUAUCUCACUGUGUCACUAUCUGCUUAUCUCACUGUGUCACUAACUGCCUAUCGCACUAUGUCACUAUCUGCCGGUCUCACUGUCUCACUAUCUGCCUAUCUCACUGUCUCACUAUCUGACGAUUUGACUGUCUCAUUAUAUGCAUAUCUCACUGUGUCACUAUCUGCUAUCUCACUGUGUCACUCUCUGUCUAUCUCACUGUUUACCUAUCUCACUGUCCCACUAUCUGCCUAUCUCACUGUCUCACUAUCUGCCUAUCUCACUGUGUCACUAUCUGCUUAUCUCACUGUGUCACUAACUGCCUAUCGCACUAUGUCACUAUCUGCCGGUCUCACUGUCUCACUAUCUGCCUAUCUCACUGUCUCACUAUCUUACUAUCUCACUGUCUCAUUAUCUGCCUAUCUCACUGUGUCACUAUCUGCUAUCUCACUGUCUCACUAACUGCCCUUUUCACUGUGUCACUAUCUAUCUCACUGUGUCACUAUCUGCCUAUCUCACUGUCUCACUAUCUGCCUAUCUCACUGUCUCACUAUCUGCCUAUCUCACUGUGUCACUAAAUUACUUUAUCACUAUCUUUGGAAAACAUUUCUAUUUGUCCAUCACAGUUGCCCCAGCCGUUGCCUACGACAACAGCAACUACAACAACAACGGAUACGCCGCUGCCAACAACAACAACUACAACAACAACGGAUACGCCGCUGCCAACAGCAACUACAACAACAAUGGAUACGCCGCUGCCAACAACAACAACGCCAACAGCGCUUACUCAGGCAAAUCCAGCAGUGGAUAUUAAGUCUAAAGUUGUUUUUUUUGAAUGAAUUGGUGUGCAACGUCCAUUCAUUACAUGAGUCCGACGUGUCGUGUGUGUCAUGUGUCUCAAGUGUGUCAUGCGUGUCGUGUCUGUCAUGUUCGUCAAUUUAGAGCUCGAACGGUUGGUCUCACCAAUGUCUGUACACAGAACAGUGAAAGUCUAAAUAAAUGUUGAACAAAAUAAUGAUGAGGUUUUUCUUUCAUUUCUUGAGACUAUUUUAUGAUUAUUGGGCUGCAUUUUAUUUUGAAG